GGGCGCUUGCUCUCCGCGUAGAAGAAGAAGCUCGCUUCGCUGCGGUUCGGUGAGGUUCCGCGACGCGCGGUGCAGAACUGGUUUGUUCGUUGUUUUCGCGGGAGUAAACUUCGCGCAGUCCGUGUGAUUCAGCUUAAAUCUCUCGUUUCUGUCGCUGCGGAGCGCUUCCAGCCUCGCAGGCUCUUUCUUUGCUACUUUCCGAACUGUUGUGAACGGCUCCCGGCCCUCUCAGGUCAGCAUGAGUUACGGCAGGCCUCCGCCGGACGUCGACGGCAUGACUUCCCUCAAAGUGGACAAUCUAACGUACCGGACCUCGCCCGAAGCCCUCCGCCGUGUGUUUGAGAAGUACGGCCGGGUAGGGGACGUCUACAUCCCCCGAGACCGCUACACGAAGGAAAGCCGGGGCUUCGCGUUUGUUCGGUUCCACGACAAACGGGAUGCCGAGGACGCGAUGGACGCCAUGGACGGCGCGCUGCUGGACGGGCGGGAGCUGCGGGUCCAGAUGGCGCGGUACGGCAGACCUCCCGAUUCUCAUUACGGCGGAGGGCGGCGAGGAGGGCCGAGCCGGAGGUACAGCGGACGGCGGAGCAGAAGCUGUUCCCCCAGCCCGAGACGCAGGAGACGGAGCAGAUCCCGCAGCAGGAGCCGCACUCCCUCCCGAAGCCGGUCCCGCUACAGCAGAUCCAGGUCCCGCUCCUACUCAAGAUCCAAGUCCCACUCUCCCAGGAGCAAGAAGACCAAGGCCCGUUCUCCUUCCAGAUCUAGGUCCCGGUCCAGGUCCCGGUCCAGGAGCCGCACCCCUUCCUCCAAAAGAGGGUCCAGGUCCAGAUCUAAAAGCCAGCCCAAGUCAGCAGCAGAAAAUGGAAAUGAAACCUCGUAGAGGUCGGCAACAGUUUCGGUUGACGGCGUCUGACCUCGCAGACCGGAUCCCACGCAAGCUCCAGAGUCCAGCUGUGAAAGGUUGUUAUUUUGUCUUCCACAGUUUGUUUCCUUUAUUUUGCUGAUUUACUGUGAUUUUCUUUCCUUUUCACGUCCUGUUUAUGGUUCAAAUGUGUUCAGAGUUGCAUUUAAAAAUGGAUUCAUGAAUGAGAUGCUCCGCCUCCUCCUCGUCUCUGUGGCCUGUAUCAUGAGAUAUAUAUGCUGACAUCAUUACAGUACAGACUCUUUGUGAUGCGGGGCCACACAGUAAUGCUUAAAGGAUAAUUUAGUUGCAGAUAUUCGGGGAAACGAGGAGCAGCAGGAGCUCCCUGCAGACUUCACUGCAGUUUUAUUUUUCACGCAUUCCGGGAUGGUGGGAACGCCGGGAGAGCCGAGGCCAGAUUUGAACCUGAAAGCAGCCGCUGCUGUCAGAGGCACCGAACUCCAGUGAUCACUUUGUGUGAUUGUUGGACGUUAAAUUGGCAUCAAAAUAACCUGUUAAAGCGACUCAGCAGCAGUAGGUUAAAGAUCCCGUGUGGAGUCUGGUUCCGUGUAGUGACAGCAGGUGACCUUCCCCGGGAUCAAACCGGGGAUCUCUCAUUCAUUAGGCGGAUGUGUGCUGCUGACACGGGUACAGUUUGUCUGCCUGGGGGGUGUGGCCUGCUGCCACCUGCUGCAGGUAAGGCACUCGUCGUGGAUCCGGAGCUCAGACGAGCUCACCUGAGAGGGUUUUACUGCGUUUCCUGGAAGCUGCAGCAGCUCCCGAACGAGCUGCUCACCAAUAAAUAUCACGUGAAAUGUUUUUAUUUAUUUUGAUUAGUCGGCUUUAAUAAAAGCACUAUUAAACUUCUCAGUUGCUGCUUUCAUAGAAAAGAUGGCGGUUUGAGCGCCGUUUGCUCUGAAGGUGCAGCGAUACCGCACGAGUCCUUUUAAAAGUUUGACCAAAAGAAACGGGAGCGCUGCAGACGCUCCGGCGACGCUCCGGCCGUCACGUGCCGCUCCUCAGUUUCCCGGAUCUCUGAAACAAACCCAGAUUAUACUUUAAGCAUCCAUUUUUCCCGUCACACCUCCACCUGCUCCUCUUAUUCAAUAAAAUGAAACGUUUAUCAUUUAGAAAUUUAGCUUUUUGUUUUCAGUGUGUUCAUUUUGCUUUUUAAAUGAAUUAGCCCAUAAAAUCCUUCAUGUUUCUGCAGCACGCGUCUGUGUGUGUGUGCGCGUCUGUGUGUGUGUGUGUGUGCGCGUCUGUGUGUGUGUGUGUGCGCGUCUGUGUGUGUGUGUGCGCGUCUGUGUGUGUGUGCGCGCGUCUGUGUGUGUUAGGCAGGCUGUUACAGAGUAACUGACUCUUGCAGGACGUCAGGCUGGACAAACACACUGACCUGUUUCUUUGAGGCUUUUUUUUAUGCUAACUCUGCUCGUGUGUUUGUCUUUGUGCACUAGGCGCAGUUGUGUAGCAGUUGAGUUUUGCUGGUUAGCUGUUAAGGUGGCGUGUUGCGUCGAUGUGUCCCGUGUUCUCCUGAGUGGUCCUGUGACCGCGGCGCUCACGACUGCUUCAGUCUCAGCUGCUGUACAAAGACACGGUUUUUCUCUUGUACACAAAUGUGACUUUCAAUAAAAAUUUGAUGUUUUAUCAA